UGUCUUAACUACAAUGGUCUAUUAUUUAGACUUAUUAGUUAAUUUAUUUUUUCUUUUAGGGGCGUUUUUUUGCAUCUUAAGUUGUGACAAUCCAUUUGUUUAUCGUUGGUCUGUUCAUGGUAAACAGGUGGCAUUACUGUCUGCUGAGGAUUCCAAGCGUUACAAUCCAUUUCGUGUUUCUAAGCAGUUGUUCAUUCAUUUUUACAUUUGGGGUCUUUUUAUCAAUGCGAUUUUAUUUUUUUUGGAGUUGAGUCUAUGGAACCUUUUUAAUCCUUUUCGCGCUUUGUUUGGCGUUCAUUUAAUUCGACGUUAUUUAGAGCAGAAGUAUUUAUUCAACGUUCUUCCAAGUUCUAGUAUGCAUUUUACUGCUUAUAUAUUUGGCGCAUGUUAUUACUUUUUUGUACCAAUCGCUUUGUGCCAUCCCGACUAUCACAUUUCUGCUCUUCACGUGGCCGCCUUCAUCGUAUCGCAAUAUAUGCAAUUUAAAUCUCACUAUAUAUUACACACUACCAAGCGAGGUUCACGUCGUUUUGGUGAGGUAACCUAUGGCGUGCCUACUGGUGGACUUUUUAACUACAUACUCUGUCCGCAUUACUGUUCUGAGGUGAUAGUGUACCUAUCAUUACUAUGUAAUGUUGAGAUGUUUUCAUGUUUUUUCUUUGUGUCUACUGCUAUGAUCGUGCAGGCAUUAUCGCACCGCAAGUGGUACAUUGCGGCAUUUUUACCAAGCGAGCUGCAUACGGUGUACAGCAUAGUCCCCUAUGUUAUAUAAUUCAGGUG